AUGUCGAUCACAUCUACAUCAAAACGUGUGGUCGCGUUAAAUUAUAGUGAAACACCUGAAAAUGUUGGACCAGGUACAUAUGAUCCAAAUGCAAAAAGAACUCGUCUUCGCUCAGCAAUCUCCCAAGAAAUUCCAUUCGGCUCAACAACUCGUCGUGAGUUAUUUAAUUUACCAGAUAAUGUUGAUAUAGGACCUGGAUGCUACGAACCUCAAUUUGUUGUUAAAGGUUCCGCUCCAAAAAGAGAUUUUGCAUUAGGAUCUAAAAGAGAAUACUUUGUUGAUACAGAAAAAACACCUUCGCCUGCAGACUAUUCACAAUUGAAUCAAUGGAUUAAACCAAAACCUACAGAACCUUCGCAAUGGAUUCAUCCAACGGGAAUCCGUAGCGCUGCAGAUGAUUCUCGAAGAGACUUACCUACAGGUCUCGGUGACCAAUCGGUUAAUAGAGAUGCUGAUGUCUCUGAGUCGAACUUUGGCAGAAAAGUAGAAAAACAAGAAACGGAUUUAUUCAUUAGACCAAGAAAUUAUCGUUCGUCACUUACUCCCCAGGCAAGUCCUGGAAGCAGAUGUGCCAAUUUCGGUAGAAGUCGUGCUCCACAACGUGAGCCAGUUGUAUAUAACGGAAUACCUGGACCGGCUUCCUACGAAACAGGAGUUGAAAUUGUUGUUAAGAAAGGAAAAUCUCCGGCUUUCUUCCCAACUUCUAAAGAUCCGUUGUGGACAGGCGAAGUAAAUAAAAAUGAAACUAUGAUAUCUCAUGUUCCAUGGUGCGAUGUUGCCCAAGAAAAGAGAGCCUUUGGAUCAGGAGCAAAACGUGAGAUUGCAUUUUUCAAUCCACAAACUCCAGGUGUUGGUCAGUAUGAAACCACAACCGGAAUUAAAGUCAAACCAGGACAAAGAAACGGAUUUGGAUCAAGCAAAAUAGAAACUAGAAGCGAUACACCAGGACCAGGAUUUUAUAACGUUAAUAGAUCAGAAUCAAGGGCGCAAUCAACUCGUAGAGCAGCUUCAUCAACAGCUCAAGGACCAGCUCGUGGAGAAUUAUUCGAAAUACCAGAUACUCCUGCACCUGGCCAAUAUAAUUACACAAUUUCAGAUACAAUUCGUCGUCGUGAGACUCUUAGACGUGGUUCUCCAGCAUUUAAAGAUAAGAGUAAACGCAGUGAUAUUAUCUCUACUGCAGUUUCUCCUGGACCCGCUUACAAUACUCGUCCGAAAUCUCAAGCUAAAAAUACAAUUGGAAAGGCCAAUAGAUUUACAGAGGACUCUUAUGCUGGUGUUAAAAUUAGUACUGAUCCUUCUCCAGACCUAUAUAAUACUGCUCGUGAUGGCCAGAUCAAAGGAGGCUUUAUUGGAAAGAAUGCUCAUGUUGACAGGGAAGGAGAAGAUACACCAGGCCCAGGCAAAUAUAGGAACAUCAGACAGGAUAUGACUAAGCCUUCUUAUAACGUAAUGUUCAAUCCAAGUCUUCAGAAAAUGAAACCAUACAUGUGA